AGUUUUUUUUUGCUGCUUGUUGUCACUUGUCAGUAUUUUAUUGUUGCUUUUUCUCGAUUUUAAAUACUGACAAAUACUACAAGCAAAAAGAAAAUAUUUCUGCUUUUGGUAAAGUACGUCUUUAUUUCGAAAUCGAAAUUAAAAAAAAGUGAUUCGACUUUUUUUUUGUAUAUUUUACAUUUACAAGUUAUUCACUUAGUUUGUGAUGUAAAAAAGAUCCUUGUUUAAAGAAGUUACACGUUUUCAUUCGUUAUCAAUGAAUUCUAAAAAAAUGAAAAAGCGACCCAACUCGGAUGGGAACAAUUGCGAUGUACCUAAAAAGAAAUUAUUAAAAGAGAAUUGUACAUCCGUAGAGCAAAAGAAAACAAUUAAAGAGUCUGUUACUAAAAGAAAAGCAACGGAUGAAUUAAUUGGUUAUGAGAAUAAGAAAAAAUGUGCUGAGACAUCGUCAAAUAAAAAAGCAUUCACAAAUUAUAACACGAUGCAUGCGGAUGCUUUGGAAAGAACAAUGAAAUUAAAGGAAAAUGUGAGAAAUUUGGAAAAAAUCCAAAACACCUGGACAUUUGAUGAACUCAAAAAUUCUUAUCCUCAUCGUCUAUUGAGCCUCAUGUAUCAAAUAGAAUUAUCAAUAUUGUGUUUAAUCAAAAAAUCAAUUUUCGAAAAUUCCACUCGUCAAGUAUUUUUCGAAAAUUCCACAUCCGGUCAAUUCAAUAACAUUUCUCUAAAAUUUAAUAAUGAGGCCUUUCAAAUAAUGGUACAGCACAUUGAUACUUAUUAUUUAAAAGAAUGCUUGAAUUUCAAUUCUUUUUUUUCUACGAGACAGGGGAAUUUUACUCUUCGCAAUUAUUUGAAUGAAUUUGCCUUUCAAUUUUGUUACUCGAGUUUGGAGAAACAAUCGAAUUAUUUGAUUCUCUAUACAAAUGGAAAUUUGGAUUUGACUGAGGAUGGAAAAUUAAGGCAUGAUGAAUUGAAAAACUUGGAGUUCGUCGAACUGACUUUGGAGACUGAUCCAAAUUUGAUAAAUUUACUCAAGGGGACAAAUAAUAAUGGCAAGGAGAGUAAUUCUUUCUAUCGAUUUGCAAACAAUCAGGCGACAAAGAGUGACUUGAAAUUUUUAGUUAAAUUUACGAAGAGUAUGGAAAGUUACAUAAUGAUGAAAGGUUAUUCUUUUAGUGAAAUAAGAGAUGCUUUUUUUGAGCGAUUAAUAUUUGCCGUCAAUCAGCCGUCGAUUGAGGAGAUUGUCGAAAUUGUCCGAACGGAAAUUAGAGGAACGAGGGAAAAUUAUAGUUUACUUCGUAAUCGAGUGUUACGACAAUUGAAAGCAAGUGACGACAAGAGUAGAAAAAAGUUGCAAAAUUUAUCCUCAAUUGUCUAUAGUUUCGAUCUAUUUAAUCUUUGCGUUCACGAUACGUUCGUGAAUAAAAAUCCGAUUAAAUUUCACGAUACGUUUGAAUCCUGCGAUAUUGCUGUUAAUUUAAAAUCGAGUUUCUUGUAUCUCCGGGUGGUUGAUGCUGAUGUUAUUCACUUGCCGAUUGAGGAUUAUAUCAAGCAACAAGAAUCGUUUGCUAUCGAUUCUCAGUUUGCUUUCUUUCUCCAACAUUUGGAUGAGGACCUCGAGUAUUUUGUUAUUUACACAAAUGGAAGUCUCCCAUUGAUUGAAGAUUUGAUACUGGGGACGAAAUUCAGAAAUAUUGCGGAUGUUUUUUGUCGAGUCGAUACCAACAGGGAAAAAUAUUCCCCCCUUCGGCAAACGUACAUAAAGAGCGAUAAUAAUAAUCUCUAUCGUUUUACGGAAAAAGCAAAACGGGGAUUGUCACCAAUUCUUAAUUCAUUCUCUGCUUUGAAGAAAACGGAAAAAUUAGCCCACCUUUCGAAGAGUGAGAUCAAGGAAUUAUUUCUUGACAAAGUUAUUUUCGCCGUCAAGCAGUAUGAUUCGGAGGAGAUUUACAAAAGGCUGGAGAAAAGUUCGAGUUUAAAUUGUACCCAACUUGCGAAAAUAGCAUUUUGUUUUCUAAAAAGAAGAAGCAAUGGUUCGUUGACGAAAGGGAAGAUAUUUACGUUUUUGAAAAGUCCACAAUCAAGUAGUUUCGAGACUUCAAGUGAGGAAAUCGAAUUAGCGGAACGGGUGUUAAUUCUACAGGAGACGCAGGAAUUUUCUCAAUUUAUGGAAUUUUUGACUAAAGGGAUCGGAGGGGAGUGUUUGGAUACUUAUCGGGAGAAUGGAAUUAAAAUUUCCUCCAUCGCUCUAAUUCUCUCUGGUUCGAAGAGAAAGGGGGCGAAGAAGGUUUUCCUCGAUUUGUACAAUUUAUUAUUCACUCGCAAGCGCAAUAAAUCGAGAUUGUUGCAUCUUUUCGAAAAAGCCGGAUUUACUGUCGAGAUGUUGGCGAAGAUUUUCAAUGGUUCGGGUUCGAAGGCGCCGGAAGUACUUAACGAACUCUAUCAACAUUGGUUUUGUUCCGAAAGUGAUUGCUUGUCCCCCUUGAGAUUGGAGGGAAUCGACGCUGAGAAAUUAACGAUUCUUUUGGAAGAAACAGGAGCCGAGUGUUUAAAAAAAUUCCACGAACUCAACGCUCUUUGGUUCGAUACCUUAGGAAAGAAAACGGACCAAUUGGAGCUUUUGGAGGAAAAUGGAAUUAAUCUCAAGAUUCUCUUUUCUAUUUUGUUCGUUACGGAUUCUACCGAUCUGAACAAAACCUUUCACUACCAAAGUUUGUACGAUCUUUGGUUCAACGAAAAUGGUGAGAUGACCCCACUGGUGAAAAAUUUACAAAACUUGGGAAUUGGAUUGAAGAAUAUCGCCUCGGUUCUGAUUGGUUCAGGAAAGGCCGCUGCCGAAGUGUUUCAAAAAUUGUACCAUCUUUGGUUCGAUUAUAAGGAGCGGAAAACGGUCUAUUUGUUAAAAUUCGAAGACGAAGGAAUUCCUCUGCGGCUUAUUUUUGAUGUUCUCGCGAAAACGGGUGAGAAUAUCGUUUCCACUUUUCUUCAACUCUAUCGACAGUGGUUCGAACCUGAUGGCACAAGAACCCAAUGUCUAAAAAUUCUCGAGGCGAAUGGCAUUUGUUUGGGGGACGUCUGCAAACUUUUGUGCAAUGAAGGCUCCCAGGUGAAGACAUUCGAAAAUAUCUACCAGUCCCUGAGUCCUCAGUUUUCGCCAAGGGAAAUAAAAACAGAAAUUGAAGAAGUCGAAAUUCAAAAUCUUGUAGAAACGGAGAAAUUGGAAAUUGGAGAAAUUGCAGAAAAAACUCUACAACCCGAACAUUCAGAACAAGAGAAAAACACUGAAGAAAGCGUGGAAGUAAAACUAGAAAUUGACGACACAGUUCAAAUGGAAAAUUUCGAGAAAGAGACGAACACACUUCUAAGGGAGAUAAAGCAGGAAAUUAGCAACGUAAAAGUGGAAAUCGACAGUGACUAUGAAAUUUUCUGCAAUGAUUCCUUCAUUGAAAGACUAACCACCGAUUAUAUGGAGAUAAUACAAUCAGUGGAAAUACAAUCAGAUAAAUCGGAGGAAAUCAAUAAUUGCACGGAGAGGCGAAAAACAAUUGCUUCGAGGAACAAUUCAAAAGCGAAAAUUCACAAAAAGGAAAGUAAAUUCAUAAAAAUUGUUUCCAGUUUCAAUGAUGAAUUUCCGGAGGAUUCGGAAUUAUUAAAAUUUCUCCUCGAGGGCGACGGGAGACGUUACUUGAAAGUUUUGCGAAAGAACAAAAUUCCCUGGAAGUUGGUAGCAAAAGUCCUCAAUGGUUGUUCUUCAAACGCAGAAGUAGUUCAAGAAUUUACAAAUUUGUACAAACUCUGGUUCAAUGACAGUGGAGAACAAAGAACCAAUCUCCAAUGUUUGGAAAAAUCGAACCUAAAAUUGAGACAUUUACUAAAAAUUCUAAUUGGUUCGGGAAAACAAGCUUCGAGGGAAUUUGAAAAUCUGCAGCAAGUUUUGAUCGAUUCUUCAGGUGGGAAAACUUUGCAAUUGAAAUCCUUUGAGGAAAAUGGAAUCAACUUUGGAAGAAUACAGAAAGUUUUGAAAAAAACAGGCGAUGGAGCGGCUCAAAAAUUUUUAAUUCUCUACGAGCUUUUCUUCGAUUCUGACGGAGGAGAAUCAUUCUACUUGAAAAAUGUAAAAAUUGAGAAUCUAACUUUGGAAAAAUUGAUGAAAAUCCUUUAUAAAACGGGUAGGAAGGCAGAUCAACUAUUUUUGGAGAUCUAUCAAAUCUUUUUUAGCUUCAAAGGAAACAAGAAUGCGAUUCUUCUCGAUUUCGAAAAAAAUGGUGUCAAUUUAGCAAAGAUUGGCAAAAUUCUAUCAAAAACAGGAGAGAGGGCAAUCGAGAUUUUCGAGAAUUUCAGUCAAUUUUUCUUCGAUCGAGAAGGAAGGAAACAAAAACAUCUGUUAAUUUUGGAACAACAAGUGCCUAUUGGAACGAUACUCGAAAUUGUCGACGACGAUGAAAAGGAUUUCAACUGUAUCGAAGAAUUAUACGAUAUUUGGUUCGAUUCGAAAGGAAAUCCCUCUUAUUGUCUCCAGAGUCUCGAGGAACUCGGAAUAAAUUUAGAAUGUUUGACUAAAUUCCUAAAAGGUACCGGCAACCAUGCUUCAGAGAUAUUCUGCAGAAUUUUCCUCUAUUUAUUCGAUCAGAACGGAAAUAAAACCCUACAGGCAAUGAAUUUGGAGAAAAUUAUUGAAUUAAGGGCAAUGUUCGAAAUUGUAACUGGAGCAAAAAAAGGGGUUUUCGACAUUUUUGUGGAAUUGUAUAACAUGUGGUUCGAUUCGCAAGGAAGGAAAACAAAUCGACUUUUAGUUUUGGAAAAAAAUGGGAUUAGUUUAAUGGAUAUUUCGAUAAUUUUAAACGGAUCGGGAGCAAAGGCUGUUAAAAGAUUUAAAACACUUUCCGAUUGCGUCACUAAGAGGAAAUUAAAUAAAUACAAACUAUUUAUUCGACUUUUUGAAAAAAAGUAAAACCAAAUGCAAUGCUCAAAGAAUGCUUUUAAUAUUGUUCAAAAAAUUGUAUAUUUUAUCUUUUUUUUUUUGCCGUUAUUUAGUAUUGUACUCGUAGAUCAACAGUAUUUUUAAACUUUUAUAUUCGAGUCGGUAGAGUAAAUAUUGAUGUAUAGAUUUUUUUAAAUAGAUUUUAAGAUCUGCAAUAAAAUACCUACUUAUUAAAUUUGUUUAUUU